CAAACGGAACUUUGACUACAAUCUCUGAAUGAUAAAUCGGAUCGUAUCGUGAGAUCCAAAGCCGUAAUAUUAAUGUAGUGAUUGUUGGUUAUCAUUGUUAUUAUUUAAUUAAACGGAAUCAUUAUAUAUUAUUAUAUUUCGACGGAUUUGGUGUCCGAAGUGAAGCAAACGGAUAUCUACUGUUACUGCGGCCGGUAGUGAGGUAUAUUUUGAAGAAAGAAAUUGCAUAUUAUUAAAACGAUUUUGGAGAUGAUGAAUCUGAAAUUUAAAAACACAUUGCGUGACAGAAAAACUUCGGCAUGGAAACUGAUAAGAAAAUCCGUCGUAAUAUUACCGUGGCCAUAAGAUUUGAGUAUAGAAAUGGAUCUUUAUUUAAAAAAUCAAGAACGAACACUCAAAUUUGGACAACAUAUUUAAUUCUGAAAGCUUAGUGGAUUGAAGGGUUUGCAAUGAACUCGUCGUUGGCAGACAAUGACACGAUCAAAGAUUCUGUCAAUACCACAACCAGUCCACACAAUUUAUUCAAAGAUAGAAACUUCACCGACUACUUGUUGAUAGUACUGUUCUGCCUUGUCAUAUUGACGACAGUGGUAGGUAACACGUUAAUUAUAUUCGCAGUUUUUACAACCAGGCGACUUCGGACAGUAACGAAUUACUUCGUGACGUCAUUGGCUGUUGCUGAUUGGCUAGUGGGAACGUUUGUCAUGCCACUAGCUGUCGUCUAUCAUGUUACAGGCGAAUGGACGUUUGGACGUUUGAUAUGUGACAUUUGGGUCUCGCUGGACGUGUGCCUUUGUACUGCGUCAAUACUCAGCCUUUGCGCCAUAUCAAUCGACAGAUAUUUUGCCAUCACUAAACCUUUACGGUACUCAAAAAAACGAAGGUCCAAAAGACUCGCAUCGCUCAUGAUAUUAGUCGUAUGGCUAGUUUCAUUGGUUAUAACGUGUGCUCCACUUUUUGGGUGGUACGACGAAAAGCGACACACUAGCAACAGCUGUACCUAUAACCAAAACAAAGUAUACGUAGUGUUUUCGGCAAUGGGCUCAUUUUUCCUGCCACUGGUAGUCGUCGUCUACGUAUAUUUAAAAAUAUCCUGUGUAAUUGCGGAAAGGCAUAAUAAACUCGAAGCUCUCAACGGACAAAAAUUAAAAAUAUCCCGUUACAGCCACGAAUCAAUGGAAAGACCAUCGGUAGAAAUGGACGAAAUCGUUCGCGUUAGCUAUAAUGUCAGUUUGCGCAGAGGUGACGAUUGUCGGGUUUCGCUGAAGCGUGAGAAUAAAACGGCGCAGACGCUGUCCAUAGUGGUCGGCGGAUUCAUCGCCUGCUGGUUAUUGUUCUUUAUCGUGUACCUGAUUACACCGUUUUUGCCGGCAACGGCCAUAUCGGAAGACAUGAAGAAGUGGCUCACGUGGCUAGGUUGGAUAAAUUCGGCCAUCAAUCCCUUUAUAUACGCGUUCGUCAGCCAAGACUUCAGGAUGGCUUUUUGGCGGUUGACGUGCAGCUACUGCACCGGGCAUAAGCCCAACCCGAACAUACCACACAACCGGUUCGUGAUCAGAUACAGUCACUAUUCAAGGAACCAAGUCUAAACAAACACGUUGUUCAAUCGUCUUUGAUACAACCAUAUGAUAUUUCGAUGACUUAAAUAUCUUAAAUGAUAUAAUAUAUAUUAUGUAUAUUAUAUAGUGAAAUCUCGUUAAAACGGCGAUCUAUCUGUGUAAAUGAAUUUUUUUUCUUUUUGAGAUAACAUUGAAACACGAAAACGAUAUGUGUUUAAAUAUUUUUAACCGGUAAAAACGUACAGUUAAUUUACUAUAGUAGUGAAAUGAAAUUACCUGUUUAAAUCUCGUCGAAUACCAUACACACUGAUGAACCCCAAUUUCACACGACUUAUCUAACUAAUAACCCAUUGUAUUAUUUUUUACUGUUGUUAUUGAGUUAAUUUUAAACUAUUACAAUUUCAGAGGCCAG